AACUGCACUCUCUUUAUUACAGUACUAAUUCUCAUCAAUUUAAUUAAAGGAGUGAAGAAGCCAAAGAUUGAGCUGCCCAAAAGUCACCAUCCAUCCCACUUCAUUCAGCACUCCAGCCUCAAGCAAUCUCAGCUCCAUCCAAACACUCUCCAGACUCUCUCUCUCUCUCUCUCUCUCACACACACACACACACAACUAUCACUGCAUUUACAUUUCCCCAAUAAUCAUUCGUGUUUCAUGCUAGAAAUGGGGUUGGUAGCAUAACAGAACUUCAACUCUACUCAAGUGAUUGAGAAGCACCAAAUUUUCUUGCACAGUAAUGCUCAAACUGUUCAACAAAAAGCUCAGGCGCCUCUGCUCAAGACUGGGAUGGCCGGGUCGCCGCCGCUCUCGCCCCAAGAUCGUCGUUAAGAAGUUUGGAAAAUCCAGCUCAAGAACUCGCGCCGAUCAAAAGGAAUCACUGAACAGCAUCUCUUCUGCAGUCAUUCAUCCCAGUAUUGAAUUGGGAGGCUUAAAACCGAUAAGGGUCGCAACAUUUAAUGCUGCCCUCUUCUCCAUGGCACCAGCGGUCCCUAAUUCAGGCAAAUCAUCAAACAGUUUGGACUUUGGAGAAGUCCAAGAGUUCUCAAGGAAAAAUCUUGGGUUUGAUCACAGUACCAGAGGGGCAAAAUCCAUGAACGAUCGCCCCAAGAGCAUACUGAAGCAGUCUCCGCUACAUCCCAUGAGUGCGCAAGACAAUCUCUCCCGGCAGCAAAAGUUUGCGAAAUCAAGAUUAAGGGUCUCGAUAAAUUUGCCCGACAACGAGAUAUCGUUGAAGAGAAGUGGGCAGUUGAGUUUCGACAAGCUGGAGGAUUCAUCAGGAGGGAGCAGCAUAAGCAAGAUUCUUAAAGGGAAGACUCCGUUGAGGUCAAACAGCAUGUUCACAAGCACGACAAACUAUGGCGAUAUUGGGAGUACCAGAACAGUUGUUGAAGUCUUGAGAGAGCUGAAAGCGGAUGUGUUGGCUUUGCAGGAUGUGAAGGCAGAGGAGGAGAAGAACAUGAAGCCUUUGUCUGAUUUGGCUGCUGCUCUGGGGAUGAACUAUGUUUUUGCAGAGAGUUGGGCUCCUGAGUAUGGGAAUGCAAUUUUGUCCAAGUGGCCGAUUAAGAGGUGGAAGGCUCAGAAAAUCUUUGAUGACACAGAUUUCAGGAAUGUAUUGAAAGCCACCAUUGAUGUCCCUCAAGCAGGAGAAAUCAACUUCUUCUGUACUCUUCUUGAUCAUCUAGACGAGAACUGGAGGAUGAAGCAGAUCAAUGCCAUUAUCCAGUCAACCGGUGUGCCACACAUUUUAGCCGGUGGCCUAAAUUCCCUUGACGAAACUGAUUACUCCCAAGAAAGAUGGACAGAUAUCGUAAAGUAUUAUGAAGAGAUGGGAAAACCGACGCCCAAGGUUGAGGUGAUGAAGUAUCUAAAGAGUAAAGAGUACACAGAUGCCAAGGAUUUCGCAGGAGAAUGCGAGUCUGUUGUAAUGAUAGCCAAAGGACAGAGUGUACAAGGAACGUGCAAAUACGGGACUCGAGUAGAUUACAUAUUAUCAUCAGCAGAUGCACCUUAUAAGUUUGUUCCAGGAUCCUACUCGGUGCUUUCUUCAAAAGGAACUUCCGAUCAUCACAUAGUGAAAGUUGACGUGAUCAAAGUAGGUAGUGGCCCUCAAGAAUGUGUGAGUAGGAAGUCAAGGCAGCAAAGAACGAGAACGGUGAAGAUCACACAUUCUUCCUCUCCAUCAAAGGGUAUUUGGAAGAUACAUUCUUGAGGGGCUGUAUAAAUUGGUAAAUUUAUAUUUGCUUUUUUUUUUUUUCUUUUUAUCUUUGGGCUAUUUGCUGAGUUGAUUUGGUGAUUGAGAGAGAGAGAGAGAGAGAGAGAGAGGAGAAGUGGUGGAAAGAUUUUAGGGCUGGUUCCUUCUUGUUCUCCAUUUUAAUAUAUUGUUUUUCUUACACUGAUCUAGAUGGAAAAAGGUGAUUAAAGAGACAAUGUAACCAUGGUUGUAUAGAUUGAUUUGUAGACAAGUUCUUCAGGAGAA